ACUUUGCACUGCAUUGUUUUAUGCCGUUUGAGGGCAAAUGGACAGACUACUGCUUUACUUUGUAAAAAUAUAAGCAAAUAUCAAUAUUGUAAUCAAUUUUUUUCUGAUAAAACUACUUCAUACAAAUAUUUUGUAGUUAAAUUGUCAAAAUCACCUGCUGAUGAGGUGUUUAUCUUUUUUCUCUUACUGGUUAUUUUCAUUUCAGACUCUAGGGACCGCUGUUUGCCUUUGCAUCAAAUAUUAAGCUUUUAAAAUACAGCUACACCUCCAUCCCUCAUCACAUUGUACCAAGGAGGGCAGAACAGUUGCUGUGUACUCUCAGAUUUUUUUUAUUUCAACUGGUUGGAUUAUAAGCAGACAUCAGGCAAGAUUCUGGAUUCUUCAAUAUAUGCUUUUUAGAUCCACUUUUACGGUAAAUUGGACGGAUUAAAUCGGAAUAAUGGUUUGCAUCAUCACGGAGCGCACGGUUAAAUGGCAAGUACAGGCCCUCCUCCUUGUUUUUCUCAUGGAGGACACGGUUUCCCAGAUUCGCUACUCGGUCCCCGAGGAGAUGAGAAAAGGCUCUUUUGUGGGAAAUGUCGCUGAGGACUUGGGUGUCGACGCUAAAAGACUGAGAUCAGGUGGUGCUCGGAUCGUUAGUGGUGAUAGCAGCGAGUUUAUUAGGCUGGAUGUAGACAAAGGGAUUCUCGUCGUGGGAGAAAGAGUAGAUAGGGAGCAGCUCUGUGGACAGACGUCACCCUGCAGCUUGAAUUUUGAAAUGAUCAUGACCAACCCAAUGCAGCUGCACAGCGUUGUUGUGGAAAUAUUAGAUGUUAAUGACAAUGCGCCAGUUUUCCACGAGAAAGAAAUGCAUGUGGAGGUCCUAGAAUCUGCUCUUCCAGGAACAGAAAUAUUGCAAGUGAGCGCGUCAGACGCUGAUGUCGGCGUGAACGCUUUACACGGUUACACGUUACACCCUACAACGCAUUUUAACAUCAAAGUUCUCUCUAGUCCAAAUGGUCAUAAAUAUGCGCAGCUGUAUCUUUCCAGCGCUUUAGACCGAGAGAAAGAGGAAAAGAUGCUUCUCACGCUGACUGCUGUGGAUGGAGGUGAACCGCAGCGAUCUGGGGUUCUAAAAAUACACAUAACUGUCCGAGACACGAACGACAAUGCCCCAGUGUUUACACAGCCUAUUUUUAAAGCAUCGGUUAAAGAAAAUGUUCCAAAAGGGACUUUAGUGGUGAGCCUGAGCGCAACGGAUGCGGAUGAAGGGAUGAACGGACGUGUGACGUAUCAUUUUAACCGCAUGUCUAAUAAAAUAGCGGAGCUUUUCCACCUGGAUGGAAACAGCGGAGAUUUAACUGUAACCGGUGUGAUUGACUAUGAAGAUAAUAAAUUGUAUGAGAUAGGCGUGCAAGCCAAAGAUCAAGGUGGACAAAGCACGUCCACAAAUGUCAUAAUUGAGGUGAUAGAUGUAAAUGAUAACGCACCUAUGAUAACAUUAACCUCUUUCUCUAAUACUGUCGCUGAGGAUUCUCCUACAGGAACCACAAUAGCUAUCAUUAAUGUAAAGGACGUAGAUUCGGGUAAAAACGGAAAAGUUGAUUGUUCUGUUAAUCCUAAUAUCCCAUUCGCUAUCCAGUCGUCUCUAAAGAAUUAUUACACAUUAGUCACAAAUGGAGUUUUGGAUAGGGAACAACACCCUGUAUAUAACAUCACCUUCACUGCUGUGGAUGAGGGCAAUCCACCCCUCUCCGAGAACAAGACAAUAACUCUGAGGAUAUCUGACGUAAAUGAUAAUGCUCCGAUGUUUGAACAGAUGAUUUAUGAAGCUAAUAUAUUGGAAAAUAACCCACCUGGUCUACACGUGUUUUCUGUGAAAGCUCACGAUUCUGAUUCAGGACAAAAUGCGCGGAUCUCAUACCUGCUUAUAGAUACUGAGUUGAACGGUAGCCCCAUUUCCACAUACAUUUCUGUGAAUGCAGAAAGUGGUGCUAUACAGGCAGUGCGCUCUUUUGACUACGAGCAGAUCAAAGACUUCCAGUUUCACGUUAAAGCGCAGGAUGGAGGCUCUCCUCCUCUCAGCAGCAACGUGACUGUGAAAAUACUGAUCCAGGACCAGAACGAUAACCCCCCUCAGGUCCUGUACCCGGUCCAGACUGGAGGCUCCGUGGUGGCUGAGAUGGUGCCUCGUUCAGCAGAAGUGGGCUAUCUGGUGACUAAAGUGGUGGCUGUUGAUGUGGACUCUGGACAGAACGCCUGGCUCUCCUAUAAACUGCAGAAAGCCACAGACAGGGCGCUGUUUGAAGUGGGCUUACAGAAUGGAGAAAUCAGAACUAUCCAUCAAGUGACUGAUAAAGAUGCUGUGAAACAAAGACUGACUGUUAUAGUGGAGGACAACGGCCAGCCCUCUCGUUCAGCUACAGUCAUUGUUAACGUGGCGGUGGCGGACAGCUUCCCUGAAGUGCUGUCGGAGUUCACUGACUCUACACACGACAAGGAGUACAACGACAACCUGACUUUUUACUUAGUCUUGGCUCUGGCUGUAGUUUCCUUCCUCUUCAUCACCUGUUUGGUGGUUAUCAUCUCAGUGAAAAUCUACAGAUGGAGACAGUCUCGCAUCCUGUAUCACUCCAGCCUCCCUGUCAUUCCAUAUUAUCCACCACGUUACUCAGACACGCUGGGGACAGGAACUCUCCAACAUGUGUACAACUACGAGGUGUGCAGGACCACUGACUCCAGAAAGAGUGACUGUAAGUUCGGCAGAGCUGCUAGUCAGAACGUGUUGGUAAUGGACCCCAGUUCUACAGGAACCAUGCAGACGAUGCAGGGUGAGAAGAGCAUCCUGGAUGAGCCUGACUCUCCUUUAGAGGUUAGUUGAAAUGUUUUCCUUAAAGCUCUUGCUGCUUUUUUGAUUCAUUUAUUUUUUAUCAAUUUGUUCGGGCGUAGUUGCUUGGGGGUAAAUGGGUGCUCAGAACCACGGACAGCUUCCCAUUAUACUUGGUA